AUGCAUAGGUUUCGUAUGCCAUCUGAUUACGAAGUCAUGAUUUCUUGUACAGAACUCGAUAUCGCCAAUUCAAGUCCUAGAAACCGGGGUCUACAAGUGAGCAAAUCCAAAUUAAGAGAUAUGGUCCGAAGCGCCAAAGAACAAAAACUCCAGCUUGCGAAAGACAAAAUGGCGAUAAUCAAAUUGUCAAAGGAGCUUAAAAACCAAGAAAAAUCACUGAAUAGUGAAGAGGAAAUUCUUAAAAAAGAAAAAAUUGCUCUUCAACAACAGCGUAUGGAGCUGGAUGACUUGAAGGCGAAAUUAAGCCAUGAUCAAGCUAAGUUAAAUCAACUUAGAGAAAAGUUGGGAGUUGAAAACAACCAAGUCAGCCAAGCCCUUGAAGAUUUGCGACUAAAGGCUGCUGAAAUCAAUAAGCAAAGAUGUGACAUAAAGAAAGGAUCUCCUUUAGGAGAGAAAAAAAAUAAAGCCCAAGCAUCAUGCCCUAGCUUCCAAGACUUUAAUGAACAAUUAAAACAAAAAAAUCACGAAAGAAAAAACCAAUUCCGAACAGAAGCAAGGCAAAAUUCCUUAGAAAUCUGGCUUUAG